AUGGAGAAUGGGGGGUUUUUCGACGCUCUGUCGUCCUCAGAAGACAUCAUAACACUCCUCCAAACCUCCCAAUCACUCUCCUCCUCGUCCACGUCCACCGAUCAAUCAAAGUCGAUUGAAAGUCCAUCAGGGAGUUUGCGGAGCCCAUCAAGAAAUCUAAAUGAGGAGAUUGAGGAAAUUUCUCGGGGAAAAUGGAGAAGGAAAUUGAGGGGGAUUGGGUGGAACAAAUACAUCCGUUGGGAUUUACUCUUCACGUUUGGAUUUAUCUUAUGGGUCGCUUUGUGCAUUGCAGACUCAAUCUGCCCUAGGACAAUUUACAUAAUGCGGGAAAAGAAAUUGAGAGUUGAGGGGACCAGGGAUUUCGAGGUCACCUGGACACUCAAGUCUUUUUCCUAUAUUAGUCAUUAUGUCAUUCCCAAUUUGAUGGAGACAUUCGUGUUUCUGGUGGUCUUUGGGGUUUUUGCGGUUACUGAGAAUUGCAUGAAGAAGAAAUGGUUUAAUAAUUCACGAAAUAUUCGUCAAAAUGACGCUCCUCUCCUUUCAAUUUACCACGAACGGGACUUCCUCUUCGACGGAUUGGACGAGUCCGAGGACACGUGCAAUGACUCAGAAUACCCCGAGGAAAUAAAUUACAUAAAAAUAGAAGAAGGAAGAAAAUUACGGAUUCACCCUGAGCUCUAUUGGCACUGGAGGCUAUUUAGGGGGAUUGCGGAGAUAACGACGAGGGUAAAACGGAAGAGUAAACGAUUGAAUAAAUUGGGCCUUCACACCUCGACCUCCGGAGCGAAGGGCCUCCUCGAAUAUGAUCCCGAAGACAAAUGCAGCGUUCAGCCCUACGAAACUUACGACCAAGAAAUCUAUCGAUUUAUCAAAGCUGAAAAAAAUUCAUCGACGACUGCAUUCAACGAGAUCAUUGCAGGUCUGCAGAACACCAGGAGGAAGUAUCCGACGUGGACGUCCAGUUCUCAGAAGAUAAACUCCAGGAUUAUCAGCUCCUCCCCAGCUUUCAAAGACUUCCUCUCUAAAUUGAAGAAAAAUCCCUCACCAUGCAACAGACUAACUUUUUAA